AGGACCCCCAGCAUCCAGGAGCUCAGCUGCAGAGAUGUUUCUGACCCUGGGGCAUGACCAUGCAGCUAGGCCUGGUCCUAGUACUAGGGCUGGGCCUAUGCCUGGUGUACAGUCAGUCGCAACAGCUGCAGGUUCUUGAACAACCCUUCGUAGUGCUGUGGAACAUCCCCUCAGCACAUUGCUACACCCGCUAUGGGGUGCGCCUGCCGCUGGAGUCCCUGGGCAUCAUAGCCAACCAUAACCACCAGUUCCGUGGCCAGAACAUCACCAUCUUCUACAAGAACCAGUUUGGCCUCUAUCCCUACAUAGACCCCAGGGGCAGAGUUCAUUAUGGGGGUAUCCCCCAAGCUGUGCCCCUGGAUCUGCACCUUUCCGAAGCCAGCUACCACAUCAACCACAUCCUGAAACCUGGCUUUUCUGGCCUGGCAGUGGUGGACUGGGAACAGUGGUAUCCCCUCUGGGAUGGAAAUUUUGGCCAACGUCAAAUUUAUCGAGAGUUCUCACUGACCUGGGUCCACAACUUAUAUCCCUAUCUAGACCCCCAGCAGCUGCUGCAGAAGGCCAAGACUAUUUUUGAGAAGGCAGCCCAGGUACUGAUGGAAAACACUCUGUGGCUGGGCAAGACACUGAAGCCCCAAGGGCACUGGGGCUUCUAUGGCUUUCCAGCCUGCAGAAAUGCCUGGCAUAAUAAGAUGACCAAUUACACAGGCCAGUGCCACCCCCAAACCAUCACCUCUAACAACCAGCUGCAUUGGCUCUGGGCUGCCUCUACAGCUCUCUUUCCCAGCAUCUAUCUCCCGCCCAACUUGUCCUCUGCCCACUACCAGGCAUUUGUUCGAUACCGCCUGGAGGAGGCCUUCCGAGUGGCCCUCAUUGGGCAUCCACACCCCCUGCCUGUAUUUGCCUAUUCCCGCCUUACACAUCAGAAGUCAGGAAAGUUCCUAUCCCAGGAUGACCUAGUGCAGACCAUUGGCGUGAGUGCAGCAAUGGGGGCAGCUGGCGUGGUCCUCUGGGGGGAUCUAAGCAGCUCCAGUUCUCAGGAAGAAUGUUUGAAUCUCUUUGAAUACCUGGUGCACACUCUGGGUCCCUAUGUGAUCAAUGUGACCAGUGCAACCAUGGCCUGCAAUAACCAGCUAUGCCAUGGCCAUGGCCGCUGUGCCAGGAAAGAACCCAAGCAACUGAACGCCUUUCUUCAUAUGAUGCCGGAUGGCAGUCCUCAAGCUUGGACAUCCUUCAGCUGCAACUGUUACCAGGGUUGGGGUGGCCCUACUUGCCAGGACCGCUGGCCUGAACCAGGGUUUAGAGAAUAAACCUAAAGACAAGAAA